UGGUUAGAUGCUCGACUGUGUCAGGCUCUUGUUUCUGUCAUAGAGUUGUAACAGUAUGACAGACCGUAGGGCUACAUAGACUGCUUUGUGGAGUAAAAACUGAAGUGUGGAGGGGCAACAAAAGUCUGAAAAGUCAGGGAAUCAGAGGGUCUUGAGGUGGAAAGUCAGGGAUGGCGACAAUCCCGGUCGACAUUAGGCGACUUCUGGAUGAUUGUGAGCUGUUUGUAUCCGAGAUCCUCCAAGACGAAGAUCUCAGUGAAAGUGCCCAAGAGACACGGAAAGUCUUACUAAAUAACUUCAGGGUCGUCCAUGUAAGAAACCCUCAAGAAUUCCCCUUUCCAUACUCAGCGGACUUUAGGGACGAGGAUGGUUCUGAUGACAACCGCAGUUCCAGUCUGGGCCGCUCUGCCCCAUCAGACGACGCCUCAGUAGCCUCUGACUACCAGGACGAUGGAGCCCCUGAGUACUUUGGUGACAUCCCUCCUGUGGCAGCCCAGGAACUCGGCAACAUCUUGAAGCAAGGCUACUUAGAGAAGAAACGAAGAGAUCACAGUUUCUUUGGCUCCGAGUGGCAGAGGAGAUGGUGUGUUCUCAACAAUUCAAUAUUCUACUACUUUGGGAGUGAUAAAGAUAAGCAGCAGAAGGGCUCCUUUUAUAUCAUUGACUACAGUGUGCAGCUGGUGACCAACCUGAGAAAAGACUCCAAAAAAGCGUGCUGUUUUGAGCUGUUUUGCUCCGGACGGCGGGCUUUCCAGUUCACUGCCAGCAGUCCUCAGGAGGCCAGAGAAUGGGUGGACCAAAUCAAUUUUGUACUUAGAGAUCUGCGCUCCACCUCCAUCCCUUGCGAUGAUGAUGAGGAGGAGGACGAGGAAGAGGAGACCUAUGAUGACAUUGAGGGGGUGACCGGCCCUCCCCCGCCUCACCCCGGCGCUGCCCAGGUCUCUCACAGCGGCAGACUGGGAGGAAGGCAUGAGACUGGGGAGGUCGACGAGGAGGACGAGGAUAUCUACGAGGUGCUGCCAGAAGAGGAUUUUCCAGAUGCGACAGAUGAGAGCAGUGAGAAAAACAACAAAACAGCUUCGUCAUCAGAUUAUGCUAACUACUACCAGGGUUUAUGGGAUUGCCAGGCCGACGAGCCGGACGAGCUGGCCUUCCAGAGAGGAGAUCUCAUCUACAUCAUUAACAAGGAGUACAACAUUCACGGCUGGUGGGUCGGCGAGCUGAACGGCGCUGUGGGUAUCGUCCCCAAGGACUUCCUGCACCCUGCCUACAUCCUCUGAGCUCCAACAGCGCUGCAGCUGAAACGUCCGGCCAUGAAUUUCACACACAGCCCCGUCAGAUAAUCUUUUGUCAUUUGAAAACUGAGACUGUAAGUUAUAUCAUGUAAAUCUGCUGUAGUGGUACUUAUUGCUGUACACAAUGAAUCAUUUAUAAAGGUCUUAUCUACAACAUUAAUGCACAAACUAGAGCUAAAACAAUUAGUUGAUUAAUCAGUCAAACAACAAAAAAAUGAAGCUACAAUUAACUUCAUAAUUAACUGUUUAUUUAAUUUUACAAGAAAAGUUUCUGAAAUGUACCAGUUUGUUGAUUUUCUGUGUUUUAUAUCAUUAUAAAUGAAAUAUAUUUGUAUUUUUUGACUGCUGGUUUGACAAAAAAGUAAUUUCAAGACGUCACUGGGCUCUUAUAAAUUGUGAUGGGAAUUUUUCAGACUUUAAUAAUGUUUUAAUUUUUCAUAGAUUGAUUAAUCCGAAGAUUAACUAACAGAAUAAUGAGUAAGGAAAUUAUCUCAUGCUUUAAUUAUUGUGGAUUGAUAAAUUUAUCAAUUUGCUGGUUAAAAUGGGAAAUUCAUUGAUUGUUAGUUACUUAUUUUCUCAUUUAAUCACUGACAUACAUGUUAAAAAAAGCCUCAGAUAUUAUGUACAAUAUGUAAAAUAUUUAAAACCACAUUGAAUCUGUUUUACACAGAACUCCCAAAAUAGCAAAAGCAUUUACUGCCUAUCCUAUUUUUCUGCUGAAAUUCAGUGUAUGGUUAUAGGUUUUAUUUUCAGCCACUAGGUGGCAGACUUGCUCCAAUAUCUUUUCUUAAAAUCUUGAGAUGUGUUUGAUCAGACAUAGAAACCACAGAAAUGAACAGCAACACGCAACGCAGUAAAGGAAAAAAAACUAUUUAUUUGAAAUAAAAUUAGAUUUACAUGGACACAGUCGCUCAGGUUGUUAUCGUUGCCCUUGUAGAUCCAUGUUACAAAAUCCUCCUUCAAAACAUUCUUUAAAAAAAGAACAAGUAAAAGCUAAACCCAGAACUCUACAAUCCACCGACUAGAGUCUAGCACAAUAAACUCUCGGUCCCUUUAAAAAAACAACAAAAUGAAUUAGAAUUACAAACAGCAGCAGCAGUAAUGUGUGAAAACAAUGAGGUCAAACUGCAGCUGAGUUUCAGACUGACUGGAAUUAAUGAUCCAGUGUGUUAAAUUUAGUGGCAUCUGGCAGAGAAGCUGCAGAACUGAAACUUUAUGUGUUGGGUUGGUAUCUGAGUUUUUGAGGUAACAAAAGUGAUUCUAAUUUUCAGGUGAUUAUACAAGAAUAAAAAAGUAGUUAUGACAGUUUUAAAAUAAUAAUUCUGCAAUUAAAUGCCCCUAAAUCCAACCUGCUGGACCUUUUGGACUGUGCGCACAACAGUGUACUUUUUUCAGUGUAGUGAUUCAACAAAAAACUAUGCUCACUUUCACCAGCUGUAGUUAAAUAGUGCAUGAGCCGAAUAACCUGGAAAAAUAACAAGUAAACUGACAACCAGACUGACUAUGAUAAAGCUUAGUGUGUGUAAACCACGGCGUUUCCUCUUUGUGAAGUUUAGAUCAUUAAAAAAAUCCAGAAAUUACAAGACCACAAGACUGAAAAGGUGUCCGUGAACACUGCGCGGAUUACAGUUCUUGCAGUGAGAUUUUUUUUAUGACAUCAAAUUUAUUGAUGUCAACCACAGACAUAUUUGGGCUAAAGUGUUUGCUGUUUACCCUUUCUGAUAAUAAAAUCACAUUAGCACUGCUGCCUAUAAAACAAUUUGUUCAGAGCAAUGCGUGCCACUUGCUCUGUUAGUUUGGCCUCAAUCCAAACAUGUUAAAAAACUAAAAUUAUCUUUGAUACAGUUUAUCUGUUUCAUCUGUAGUCUAAUCGAACCAUCUUGAGUUAAUAUGUUGCAUCAUAAACAAGAUGCGCCAAUUAUUACGGGAUUGUUGUCAAGCAGCAGGUCAAGAUUUUGAAGAAUUUUUGACUUUUAAACAUUAUCAGGAUUCUAUAGGACAUGGUUAAAAUCUAAAGUUAUUUUUACGGGUUUAAUAGUACGUGGGGCUGUAAAUGAGAGCGAUAAAAGCUGUGCGUGUGACUCUCCAGUGACUGUUAGGUUAGAUUCAAACUGUUUUUGGUUGCUGUAAUUGUUUUUC